AUGGCUCUCGAUACCUUGGACUACUCUGUGCUCGUGGCGCUCGCUUUGGCCAUCGCUGCCUACUUCACCAAAGGUCUUCUUUGGGCGGUUCCUGAUGAUGGGACAAAAGUUACUGCUACUUCAAGAGAUAUCGUACAAACUGUGGAAGAAAACAAUAAACAAUAUUUGGUUAUCUAUGGUUCUCAAACUGGUACCACUGAAGAUUAUGCCAACAAGUUUGCUAAAGAAUUGAAAUCUAAAUUCAAAUUGAACGUUAUGGUUGCUGAUAUUGAAGAUUAUGAUUUUGAUAGAUUAAAUGAAUUACAAGUCCCAAUUUCAAUCUUUGUUGCAACUUAUGGUGAAGGUGAUUUCCCAGAUUCUUCAUUAAAUUUUGAAGAACAUUUAUCUACUUUAGGUGAAGGUGAUUUAGAAAACUUAAACUAUACCUUAUUUGGUCUUGGUAAUACAACUUAUGAAUUUUAUAAUGCUGCUUCUCAAAAAACUCAUAAUUUCUUAAGUGGUGCAGGCGCUACAUUAAUUGGUGAAUUUGGUAAAGGUGAUGAUGGUGCUGGUACUUUAGAUGAAGAUUAUUUGAGUUGGAAAGAAGGUGUCUUGGAUGUCUUGAAAGAUUUCUUAAAAUUAGAUGAACAUGAAGCUAAAUUUGAACCAUCUUUAACUUUAUCAAGAUUAGAUCCUGGUGAAUUCGAUGAAGAUAAAUUAUUCUUGGGUGAACCAGAUCGUUCUUAUUUAGAUGGUAAAACUGAUUUAUCAUUAGGUCCUUUCGAUCAUGCUCAUCCUUAUUUAGCACCAAUUUCUUUCUCAAAAGAAUUAUUCAAUUCAAAAGAUAGAUCAUGUAUUCAUGCUGAAUUUGAUCUUUCUCAAACUAAUUUACGUUAUUCAACUGGUGAUCAUUUAGCUGUUUGGCCAUCAAAUUCAAAUGAAAAAUUAAAAGAAUUCUUAUCAAUCACUAACUUAGAUGAUCAAUUAGAUCAAGUUGUUGAUUUAAAACCUUUAGAUUCAACUGUUGUUAUCCCAUUCCCAACUCCAACUACUGUUGGUGCUAUUUUCCGUCAUUAUAAAGAAAUUGGUGGUCCAGUUUCAAGACAAAUCUUGUCAACAUUAGGUCAAUUUGCUCCAUCUGAAAAAGCUAAAUUAGAAACUGAUAGAUUAAGUAAAGAUAAAGAUGCUUUCGCUUCAGAAAUUCAUUCUAAGAAAUAUGAUUUAGCUCAAGUCUUAUCAUUAUUAUCAAAUGGUAGUAAAUGGGAAAUUCCAUUAGAAUUUUUAAUUGAAUCUUUACCACAUUUACAACCACGUUAUUAUUCAAUUUCUUCAUCUUCAUUAUCUGAAAAAACUACUGUUCAUAUCACUGCUGUUGUUGAAGCUAGUGAAGAAAAAGAUGGUAGAUUAAUCACAGGUGUUGCUACAAACUUGUUACGUAAUAUUGAAAUUGCUCAAAAUAAUGAAUCAUCAAAACCAUGGUUAAAUUAUGAUUUAGAAGGUCCAAGAAAGAAAUUUAGUAAAAAUAAAUUACCAGUUCAUGUUCGUCGUUCAACUUUUAGAUUACCAUCAAAUCCAUCAACUCCAGUUAUUAUGAUUGGUCCAGGUACUGGUGUUGCUCCAUUCAGAGGUUUCAUUAGAGAUCGUGUUAAACAAGCUGAAAACGGUUCCCAAAUUGGUAAGACUGUUUUAUUCUAUGGUUCUCGUAAUUCAACUGAAGAUUUCCUUUAUAAAGAAGAAUGGCCACAAUAUGCUAAAACUCUUGGUGAAUCAUUUGAAUUAAUUACUGCUUUUUCAAGAGAAACUUCUAAAAAAGUUUACGUUCAACAUAAAUUAUUAGAACAAGCUGAUGAAAUUUUAAAAUUAAUUGAUGCUGGUGCUUUCAUUUAUGUUUGUGGUGAUGCUGCUAAAAUGGCUAGAGAUGUUAAUAAUGCUUUAAUCGAAAUCAUUUCAAAAGGUAAAGGUUUAACUGAAGAUCAAGCUCAUGAAAUUAUUAGAAAUUUCAAAACUUUGAAUAAAUAUCAAGAAGAUGUUUGGUAA